AUGCCUUCCUCACAGCUGAAGAGACUCAAAGCCUCGCUGCGAGAGCAAGGAAUUAUUGGGCCCCAGCAGUCAAAGAAGCAAAAAAAGAAGAAUGCGCAGGACGAGCGAGCAAAGAACGAGAAGAGACUACAACGGAGCGAGGCGCUGGAGAACAUUCGGGAGCAAUUCAACCCCUUCCAGUUCAAGACGAAUGCGAGAGGCCCGAAGUUUGCAGUAACGAGCAACCGUCCGGAUACAGCGAGUGUUGCGAAGGGAAUCCAUGGCCGGCCGGGAGUUGCCAAGGCCAUUGGCGAGGAAAAGCGCCGCCAAACACUCCUUGUUGAAAUGCAACGGAGGAACAAGGUCGGCGGUAUCCUAGAUCGACGAUUUGGCGAGGGUGAUCCCACGAUGACCCCAGAGGCGAUGAUGGCAGAGCGAUUUGCGCGCGAGAAACAGCGCAGUCACAAGAAGCACUCAAUAUUUGACCUCGAAGACGACGGUCCGUCCGAAGAUCUUACUCACAUGGGCAGGUCGCUGUCGCUGCUGGAUGCUCCGGAGCUCAGAGAUGAUUACGACGAGGAAGACAUGCGCUCUGACGAGGGCUCGGAAGCGUCUGAUGAUGCUCGCAAGAAGCUAAAGAGACUUCGAGAGCAGCUUGCAAUGGACGAAGAAGAACAAGGCGAUGAUGAUAUGCCGGAAAGGAAGAAGAGCAAGAAGGAGGUCAUGGAAGAAGUCAUUGCGAAGUCCAAAUUACAUAAAUAUGAACGUCAAGUAGCCAAAGAGGACGAUGAGGAAAUAAGGAUGGAGCUUGACAAGGAACUUCCCAACAUACAUGCUCUACUCAUGGGGAGCAAGAGGGGUAAUCGUGAUGAUCCUAAAAGCAACGGAGCCGGAAAAGCCGCGGUCAUUGCUGGUGUGGAUAGAGAUGCAUUCGAGAAGGAUUACGAUCUCCGAGUCAAGCUAUUGGCUGCUGAUCGACGAGCGAAACCCACAGAGAGGACUAAGACCGACGAAGAGAUAGCUGAAGAGGAGUCGAAGCGACUUAGGGAGCUUGAAGAUAAGCGACUAAGACGCAUGCGUGGAGAAGACGUCAGUGAUUCUGACGAAGAUGAAGGCGAAGAGAGUCACAGUGACGUGUCCGAUGAAGCCGCCGAAACCCCAGACUUCACGGGGGAAGCAGACGACUUUGGUCUUGGAAAGGGCAUCAAGAUGAAAGCUACUGCAGCUGAGCUAGGCUUCGACGAUGAGGAUGAUUUCAUUAUAGAUGAUGAUUUGGUCGCAAGCCAGUCUGAUCUGGACUCGGACGAAGAUGUGUCCGAUGUUGAAAGCGAAGAGAAUGCAGAGGAGGAUGAAGAAGACGAGUUCACGAAAGGCCUUUUGCUCGAUGGUGAACUCAAGGAUACUGUUUUCAGCACGGAGGGUCAGAAAACGAGUGGUUUCUCUGGAGAAGACGGCCUGCCCUUCACAUUUCCUUGCCCACGAAGCCACAGCGAGCUUCUUGACCUUACGAAAGAUAUACCACUUUCCAAACUCCCAACAGUAAUUCAACGGGUUCGAGCUUUGUAUCACCCAAAGCUCGACAGCCACAACAAAGAGAAACUUGCAGACUUCUCCCGAGCGCUAACAAAACAUAUAUCCUAUCUCGGCUCAUUGGAAGAUGCCGAUAAAUAUCCAAUCAUCGAGACCGUCAUUCGUCAUGUCCAUUCACUGGCUAAGAUGUUCCCUAUCGAGAUUGCUAAAGAGUUCCGGUCACAGCUCGAGGAGCUUGGCCGGCUUCGGCCUCUAACACCAGAUCUCGGAGACCUCUUUGCUUUGACAGCGAUUGGUAGCAUCUUUCCAACCUCCGAUCACUUUCACCAGGUCGUUACGCCGGCCAUGCUCUCAAUGGGCCGUUACCUGGGGCAAAAGGUUCCACGAGGCCUAGGAGAUUACGCUACGGGCACAUAUCUAUCAAUCUUGGCUCUGCAAUACCAGCAACUAUCAAAACGUUUCGUACCAGAGGUUAUGAACUUCACUCUGAAUACUCUAUCUGCUCUGGCGCCGAAGAGUCCAGAGAGCUUAGGCUUCUUCCCUGUUCAUGUCCCCAUCAGUGGCAUGCGGACGACUGAGGCAAAGCAGAUGUCAUUGCGCAAACUAGAAUGCAGUGAUUGCAGUGUUGUCAGUGAUGACUUGACGAGCGUCGCGGCGAAUGCUACCAAGGUGGCUAUUCUUGGCACAAACAUAUCGAUCAUCACAGCGGCUGCUGAGACAUGGACGGGCAAGCCUGCAUUCUACGAGACUUUCGAACCUGCAUUGAAGACGCUGAAACACCUCGUGUCCAAACCCUGUAGGAAUCAUCUUCCAGAAAGUUUGAUACAAGACACUGAGCGAUCGACGGUUCUGUUAGAGCGAAUGCUCAAGAUCGCUCAGCUAUCACGGCGGCCUUUAGAGCUUCACCAUCAUAAACCUUUGGCUAUCAAGACAUACAUACCUAAGUUCGAGGACUCCUUCGACCCGAACAAGCACUACGACCCAGAUCGUGAGCGCGCGGAAUUAGCCAAGCUCAAGGCGGAGCAUAAGAAGGAACGUAAGGGAGCCAUGAGAGAGUUGAGGAAGGAUGCCAACUUCAUGGCUCGUGAGAAGUUGAAGCUGAAGAAGGAGAAGGACGCGGCGUAUGAGAAGAAGUAUAAGAGGCUUGUGGCAGAGAUCCAAGGCGAGGAAGGACGCGAGUCAAAUGCCUAUGAUCGUGAAAAGCAGGCUAGGAAGAGAGCAAGAAAAAACCGGUAG